AUGUCGAUGUACGACCCUCAAGAAUGGGAACGAUAUCUCAACAUCGUCGCAGGUGGAAUAUACUCCUCCGUUGUUUUCGCCAUGACGGUCACCGGCCUCCAAAUAUUCAUGUCCUUCUACGGGCUCUACCUCUUCCUCGAGUCUCCCAAGGAAGCGCGAAAAGGGCGACUACCCUACGUCCUCGUCAGCUUCGCUAUUCUCGGGUGCUCACUCAUAUCGAGCACCAUGGAUGCCUCGACGACAUUCAAACUGUUGUACCAACACCCCAGUGCCGAACCUCGCUCGCUCCUUCAGAUUCUUGGGGAGAUUGAACAUGGACCUGUGAGGAUUACGAGUGGGGUGUUCUUCGCGUUGAUGAUUUUGGCGGGGGAUGCUGUGUUGGUACGCUACCUCCCCCUCCAUCCUCGAACUCUUUCCCUCCCCAAUCCAAUUCUCACACCCAACUCACCUCCUCAUGCAGCGACCGAGCUCUACCGCACCAUCGUCCGCAUAAAACUCAGCAUCAACCCCUCCGCCCCAAUGCACGACUUUGCGCACAUCGUGAACGCCGUCUACCUCGUCUUUACCGUCUCCUGCAACGUCCUCACCACCGUCCUCAUCGCGUACCGCCUCCUCCGCGCGCACCGCCAGCUCUCCGCCGCCCUGCCCAACAGGGACAUGCGUGUCUAUAAGAGCAUUGUGGGGAUCUUGGUGCAGUCGGCUGCGCCGCUCGCGGUGAGCGGGUUGGCCUAUGCUGUGACGGAGGUCAUCCUUGUUGCGUUGAGGAAUAUUGGGCCGGAGCAUUUGCCUUUGUAUAAUCGUGUUUUGAUUGCGUCGUGGGUGCUGGGACGGUUGUAUGAUGCUUCUGCGGCACUGGCACCGCAGAUGAUCAUUUUCCUCGUGACCUCUGGCCGAUCAGGUACGAAACGGGAGGAGAUUACAGCUCCUGCAAGCCGAAGCCACGCCUUCUCCCAACCACUCCGAUUCAAUAACGGGCCUGCACAAGACUCGUUUAUGACUUCAAACGUCAUGUCGUCGAAUGGCGAUGGGUAUGGAUCGAGUGAGAAAAAGUCAGAAGGAUCGGACGUCGAGAUAGGGAAGGAGAAGACGAAUCAUGAUUCUGGUCUUUCUGAAGCUCUGAAGGACGUUUGA